AUGGCUUCCGCAACUGUCCAUUUAUCACGUCCUUCACCUUCUUUAUUUACAUUUCCUCCCAAAAAUGAUCCUCAAACUUUACCUCCUCCAAUACCCGGAUCGACUCUUUCCGCCCCUCCAUUCGCAAUCGAACCCUCAUGGUACAAUGCCGCCCUCGACGUUCGAGUCCCCAUCACAAUCGCAGCUGUCUAUGCUGUAACAGUUACACUCGUCAAUCAAUAUAACAGACGCGCGGGAAAUAAACCAUGGUCAAUCAGUAAAACCAAGGCUUUUUUCGUCUUUGUGGUGGCACAUAACAUUUUCUUGGCUAUAUACUCGGGAUGGACUUUUAUUGGCAUGUUUGGAGCCCUUCGAAGGUCAAUUCAAAAUCCAAUGGGUCCAGCUGGUCUCGCAGGUACCGUCGAUAGUUUAUGCAAAGUACAUGGAGUUACUGGUCUGGAUAAUGCCAUGUCUUAUAAUGCAAGCAUGUCACAAUGGUCGGCGGAAUUGCCAACUGAAUUUAAAUUGACUAGUGCUGGAACUCCUGAUCCUACCGAUUUGGGAAGAUUAUGGAAUGAGGGACUUGCAUUUUAUGGAUGGUUUUUCUAUCUUAGCAAGUUCUAUGAAGUUCUUGAUACGGUUAUUAUUUUGGCCAAGGGAAAGAGAAGUUCGACUCUACAAACUUAUCAUCAUGCUGGAGCUAUGAUGUGUAUGUGGGCUGGAAUUCGUUUCAUGUCACCACCAAUUUGGAUGUUUGUAUUUGUUAAUUCUGGAAUUCACGCAUUAAUGUAUACCUAUUACACUCUCACAGCAUUCUCCGUCCCCAUCCCACAAGCUCUCAAACGCAGUCUUACAACCAUGCAAAUUAUUCAAUUUCUCAUCGGAGCUACAUACGCUACAAUCCACUCUUUCAUCUCCUACACAGUCACCGUCCAAGUUCCUUCCAUCCCAGCUACGGUUUCCUCAGUCGCCUCCGCAGCAUCCGUAGUAGCUACCUCCGCCGCCGCAAUCGCAACCUCAACCGGUGUCUCCAACCUCAUCAAGAAACUUCUCUAUCGUGCACUUGGCGAAGAAGGUCUAGCCGAAAAUGUCAACGCUCCAGCUUUCUCUGAUGCAGCUCAAGCACCAAUUGCUUCUGCUCGCAACCUUGCUAAACACUCUCAAAUCCCAACAUAUGUCACUGAAACCCGUACAAUCCCUUGUAUUGAUACCAGCGGCCAAACAUUCGCAAUUUGGCUUAACGUCGUCUAUCUUACUCCAUUGACAUUCCUUUUUGUAAGAUUCUUCAUCAAAUCUUACAUCAGAAGAACGAAUGCUGCAAGUGGAAAGAAGGCAGGAAGGAAAGCUAGUUUCGUGGCUGCAGAAAAGGCGGGAUUAGAUGCGUUGAAGGGUGUUGAGAGAGAAAUGAGUCGGGGUGACAAUGCGCUUACUCAUGGACAUGGAAAACAUUAG